AUGCCAACUCCAACUCCAACUCCAACGGCCACUCCCAGCGGCAUGGAAAUAGCUGUUCUUGGGCCCACUGUCACAUCCCAACCACCGCUGCCCUCCUCAAGCACCACGACCACAACUCCCCUAACGACCUUUACGGGUCUAAUGACCCUCCACCUCGGCCUCCUCCCCCUCUGGGCCUGGCUCACCAUCUACCUCUCCCUCCUCCUCAUCGGCACUCUCGAGUACGCCCGCUCGGAAGCAUCCAGAAUCUGGCUGCACGUCGUCGGCACUAAGUCCUGCGCAGAGACGGGCUUGCAUGCCCCGCCCGCGGAUUACGACAAGUAUUACGGAAAAGAAUACAGGAUGAGGAGAAGAAAUACGCUGGUGUCGGUUUUUCUCAGGAGUAUACUGUUUGUGCACUUUUGGUGGUUGAUCUCGCUGUAUAGGAUCUUGUUUUUGCAUCGCGCGCACGAGGUUUUCCAGGCGAACGCGGAGGCGGAGGCGGCGGAGACGCCUGCGAUUCCGUCUCCGGCUCCGGCUCUCAGCGAUCCGCCGCCUGCGUAUGAGGCUUAG